AUAACGCACAACAUUAUUGGCUCCGCGCCUACAUAUUCAAGCACGCAGUAGCAGAAAAACAGCCUGCGUGGUAGGUAGAUCAUUCAAAUCGAUGGCGGCGGGAGGCGUGUGGGUGUUCCGGAAGGACGGGGUGAUGGAGCUGGAGCGGCAGGAGAGCUCGCCGGCGACGAGCCGACGCGGCAAGGCGCUGGUGUACGUGCCGGCGAACGAGACGAUGCGGUCGCUGGAGGCGCUGGAGCGGCGGCUGGGGUCGCUGGGCUGGGAGCGCUACUACGAGAACCGAGACCUCGUGCAGCUCCACCGGCGCGACGGCGGCGUCGACCUCAUCGCGCUCCCGCGAGACUUUGCGCGGCUUCGCUCCACCCACAUGUACGACGUCGUCGUCAAGAACCGGCAUCAAUUCAAGGUUGUCGACAUCUGAAACAUUCAUGCAAGAUGCUUCUACCUACUUUCCCUGGUCAAGCUUGCUAGUCUGUUUUGCAAAUAAGCGCACCAGCAUAAUGGUGUGCGUGUUGUAUGUCUUGUAUUGUAUGAUGAUGCUUUUGUACGUUUCUGAAUUUCUCCAGUUAGCUAGUGCCAGUCUUUUAGUAUUUGCUUGAAUCUCACUCUGUUUGUUACACCCUCUCUUUCUAAAUGUAAUCGUUUUGACAGUUUAAAUUGAACUACCAAAACGUCAUGCAUUUAGAA